GAUCGCACUGCGAAAAAGAGAGACAAUAGAGCGCCAUGCGGUAUAAAAAGCACGAAAAGUCAGCACCUUGUCAUUAGUUGCUUUUUGUCUCUUGCAUAUUAUCUAUCGCUAAAAAGGAAACGCUACCAGUGGUGUCUUAAGAGUGGAGUAUAUAACAUAGUGACAAAGGACUGAUUUUGUAUAAAGAAAGAAAAAGAGAAAAUGUGGAAGAUCCUUUUUACUUUGUGUGCAUUUGUGACCCUUGUGAUCUCACGGCCUCAGGGUCCCGAUGAGAGGCCUGAACCGUAUGAGUAUCAGUAUGAAGUGAAGGAUCCGGAACAAAAUCUAUUUUUCGAUAAGAAUGAAAUCGGAGAUGCAGCCGGCAAGGUUACAGGACAAUACUCCGUCCUGCUGCCUGACAAUCGGCUCAUGACUGUGUCUUACUCAGUGGAUGGUGAAUCGGGAUUCGUGCCAAAAAUAUCAUUCCAAGAUAAUGCCAACCCAUUUUCUGGAUAAUUAGCGCGACGUACAUCUUUAUAGAUCUUUCAGUGGAGAUUCUUAUUUUUUUCAGUAAAAAAAACUUAUAAAUGAUAUAGAGGAGUCUUAAGUUAUUUUGUAAUUGAUGAACGCCAUUCGAUGGAGAUGAGAUAUUACCUUUUAUGUAUAUAAUCAUAAAUGCAAUAAUUAAAGAGAUGAACAAGAAA